AUGGAGCCUUCUUAUGGAAAUUUCUUCUCAAUUCAGAAAGAAAAAACGAGAGAGCAAAAUGAAGAAAAGGGUUAUAUGUUACAGAACUUCAAGUUUCCGUUGGAACGGUUUGAAAAAUAUUGGCUGAACCGUGAAGGGCCAGUUGCUUAUUAUGGAAACAUCGAGAAUAAGAAUGUAUUGACGGACCCGGUUCGCCGAAUUCUUAUUACUCGACCAUUUUCCUCAAACUAUUUUAUUUCUAAAGAGAUGGGAAGUACAUCGACAAAUAAGGAUAUCAAAGCAAGAAUAUAUUAUCGUUUGAACGAUUCAAAUGAGAAUUUAACCAGAACUGUUGGUAGAACGACUGCGUUUGAUAGCAGAAUAACAAAUACGUCUAUUAAUUUGUCUUCCAAGCCAAACCCAGACCAUCUGCAGCGAAGAGUACAUUCGUCGAGUGAAACUGCUUCAAUCACUUUAACACCCGAUAAAUUUAUCUCCCCAUCUGAUCUACCUAUUUCCAAAUAUGAGCAAUCAAUUUAUAAACCAUUUCGCACUUUUGGCUCGACCAUUUUCUCCAAACUAUUCUAUGCUAAUACCGAUAUUACGUACGAUAUUACGUACCAACAAUAUUUUCUUAGCUAUAAUGGAACGGAAAGUAUCUUAGCUUCAUCAGAUGAAAAUGUAAGCACAUUUAAACAAACAAAGAGUUCUGAGGCCACAAGUCAAAUUAUUGAGUCUUCAAAAGUUUCAGAAAAAACAAAUAGUUUCUCGCAAGAGACUGCACAAGAAUUCACACAUCAUUAUUUAUCUAAAAGCGAUAUAUCAAAGUCACUUCGUUUGACCCAUCCUUUUGAAGAAUCGGCAGUAAUAUUUUCUUCUUCCGAUCAGCAACCAACAGUGCUUUAUUCCACUUAUUCCACCAGAGAGGGAUUAAGAAAAAACCAUUCAAUGAAAGACGUUAAAACAACCCGUAAAAACGAAAUAACUAUGUCUUCGAAAGCAAAAAUUAGAACGAAGGCAUUUUUGCCACAUUUUCAAAAAAAGAUUGAUCAAUUCACUAUCCCUUUCGUAAGAGAUUUUGAAGUAACGCCGGUAUUUCGAGUUGAAUUAUUCAACGGUUCAGAUUCCACCGCGUUCACGAAAGAUUCUUUUUCCUGGUUUUUCAGCAAUGAACUAUUUUAUUCUCCAAAAUCUGAUGAAGGCAAACCUUUGACGGAAAAAAAUUUAACCACUGAAUUUAAUCAAACUGGUGUUGAAUUUAAUUUGACAACUCUAUUAAACCAGAAACAUGCCAAAUUUAAUUUAACAACUCCACUGAGGGAAACUGGUGCCAACUUUAAUUUAACAUCUUUGAAAAACCUGAAAGGUGCUGAAUUUAAUUUAAUAACUCCAUUCAACCAUAAACAUGCCAAAUUUUCCGCUCGUUCAUUUCGAACUGGUCGAUCCACUGUAAAUGAAACUAUUGGCACUAUGGAUCACACCACAACAAAAAUGAUUCAGAAUGCAAGAAAACCAUUUAAGGAACGAGCUACCGGCAUUCAUAACAGGCAGGAUAAAACUGGUAGAACUGAAGGUAAACAAAUUUUAUUGGAGACAAAUGGUACAACUGAUAAAAGCAUUCAUAAAAUUUUCGUACAUGGAUAUAAAUUUGAUACAUUUGGAAGUACAAAGGAUAACUAUUUGGACAAUUAUUUGUUUUUCAGUGAAGAGGGAAAAAAUUGGACCACAUACUCUGGCGAGAACAAGAAUAUAUUAAAACAUCAGUUAGACAAGGAAAACACAAGUGAAAAAACCAAAUCAUUUUAUGCAAGCAAAAAUGUCAUCACACCUAAAAUUAAAGAAAAGUUCUUAAGUAGCAUUUCGAAUAUAGCUCAAUGGAAUUCUCCAUCAUAUUCCCAGUAUAAAAAUCUUCAAUCCAGGUUUCCUCCAUCUUAUAAUCAAUUUCCUAAUGAAGGAUACGAACAAAAAGGUAUAACUGAGAAAGCACAAUAUAUAAAUAUUUUAUUCAAUGAUAUCAACAAUUUAAUACAGAGUACCAUUAGUGGCAGACAAGAUGUAGCGGAUGGAAUGAGGCAAACGGAUGAAUUAUCAUUGGACACACAGAAUAUUAUUAAAAUUCCAUCAAGCGCAAAAAUCUCUUUGAAAGAAGUCAUUGAUGCAAAAAAAACGUCGAAGAUUUCCGAUUUACCACUGAAUAAUUUUUCUAAAUUUGGCAUACCAGAUAGUACAGGUAGAGGCUAUGAUACUGCAACAAUGCACAAAAAUACAGAAAUUAGCGAAAAAAUCUCGAGUAUGGAAAGUAAUAUUUUCCAUUAUCCAGUCAUCAAUACAACUUGGUCGAAAUACUCAUUGGCAAUAUCUUCAAGCAGAAAGGUCAAAGAGACUUAUGUUCAAGCCUCAUAUCAACAAAGUGUUCAGCUAUCGACGACGAUGCAUCCAUUGAAAAUUGUUAGCACAAUAGAUGAAUUAACUAAAAAAACAGCUGAAAUCCCUAGUAGUUCGAAAGGUCUGCCGAAUUCGGCAUAUUUGCAUUGGAAAAAAAUGAGUGCAGAAUGGGACGAAAUGACUUCAAGUAUUCGGAAUCGAACAUUAACAGGUGAAGUAAAAUUUUUGUCUAAAGUGGUAGAAGAGUGUCGGUCCGCUUGUUCGAGUGGUUCAUCAAAUGCUGAAUGGGUUGAAGCAAAAACUAUUUGCCUACAUAAGUUAGAUCCAAAAUUAUAUGGUAAUUAUGAAGAGGCUUUGCAAUUUUGCAAAUUACAUAUGAAUAUGAUUGAAGAAACUGAUUUAGCUGUGCGAGAGAAUCUACAAACAGUCCAAAAGCUUCUAAGAGAAGGCGAUUUGAAUGAUCUGAUAUUCGUUUAUGCUCCUGUUACUCGACAAUUUCGAAAUUUUCGUGAAGUUAAAAUCAUAAAUAUUAGUUCGAGUACUGUUUUCAAGUUGAAUGUGGUCAGCAAAGUGAAAAUUGAUGCAAAUAUAUCCGAUGUUCAAGUUAUUUGCAAAAAAAAUCAAUAUUGUAAACCAGUAACAUGUAAUUUGGAUGCCUUCGAAAACAGAAAAAAUAAUCACCUGCUUCCGAACCUGCUGCUUCCGAAUAAAACUAGGAUUUCAAGUGGAGAAAUCAUCGAUGUAAUUUGUAAUGCGGAUCCUUAUAACGUUCAAACCAUUUCCUAUGCCUGUACCAGUGUUGGGCAUUUUCAACCCGACCCCUCUGAUAAUUUGUGUAAAUCAUUGGAGACUUCAGAAAGUGAAAAUAUGGAAGCUGAAGAGAUUAAAUAUGUUUCAACUUCAAGAAGAAGAAAUUCCUGCAAUGAUUGCCAUGAGCUUGGAACAGAAAAAUGCUAUAAAAAUGCGACAAGUGAUGCUACAGAAAAUAUCUAUUGUAUUUGUAAACCAGGAUGGACGAUGUCAACAUGUUGGAAGGCUCCGUUUUUUUGUCGUCCAAAUAUGUGUGGCGAAAACGGACGAUGUGUGGAAUUUGUUGAUAGUGCUUACUGCGACUGUGAUGAAGGAUGGGCAGGUGAAAAAUGUAUGAUUAACAUUGGAGACAUUUAUAGUGCAAGUGAUAUCCUUGACGAUGUAAAAAGCAACGUUAGCAACGAAAUUUUUCUAAAAACUGAAAGAAUCCGAGAUCGGGAUCCUCAGGAAACAAUUCAAAGGCAACGUUCGUUGGUACUAUUCUUGGGUGCAUUUAUUGCCACUUUUUUCCGUCAUCCUGGUAAAUAUGGUCUCGAUAAAAAUUAUGGUGGCCGUUUCUAUAAUUGGAUAUAUUUGCAAGCGUUCUCCAUCGGGCAAUUUCUGUUCGUUAUGGAAGCAUUAAAUGUUCAAAAAAUGUUCGCUGCAACAGCCUUCAAUCGUUGGAAUUGUGGUAAAAAAGGAGAAAAAGGUUUGACUUAUUUGUUAAUUAUUCCUCCAUGUUACUUUAUUCCAUUCGCAUAUAUUUCAAUCGCUACUAUAUUGAACUGGAAUCAUGUUCAACGAUCUUGGACCUGUCUGGGACUGUUUAAUGAAGAUUCAUUUAAUCUACAACUAUCGCUCAUUGUUUUCAAUGGUAUUCUUGUCUUAGCCACAGUAGCGCUAUGUGAAAGCGCAUUUCAAAUUACACGCAAAGUUCCUGACGCGGAGGUGUAUCGUUAUUUAUAUUUUAUUUCGAAUCGACCUUACGAACUUGGAACUGGGAUGAUGCAUGUUGAAAAAAAUUUGCCAUUUGUUUUCUUGGGGCCAUUGCUUCAUUUUGGAACAUGGAUUUCGGUUAACGUGGCCACAUAUUCGCAGUUGUUACCACAUAGCUUCUUUGAGAAAGAACAACUGCAAGCAAAACAUUGUGAAUCAAUGCUUAAAAAAAAAGCUGCAGAAGAAAUUCGCAAGAAAAAUGUCGAAUUAUUAAGAAAAUACCCAAAUAUUCCCGGAAAUCUUUUAUUCAAUGUACCAGAGGAAGGUCCACUACUGUUUGCUCCAUUAUUAUUUCCUUUUGCACCAAACCAUUCUGAUUAUAUAUCAGAGUGGCAGCAACUGAUGUUGAAAAGGCGAUGGACGGAAGAAUUUGCAAAACAGCGCCAAAUUGGAAACGAUAAACCUCAAUCAAUUUAUAAUGUUAAAAGUAACGAUAUGGACGAAGAAGAUUAUGAAGUUACUAAGGCGAGAUUAUUUGUCUGGGAUCAGUGGGUAAAUGAAAUUAGCAACGCCGAUGUAUUUGACAAUGAUCUCGUUAUCAAGCAUAAAAUUGAAAAUCCCUUUAUGACAAAUGAUGCAUCCAUCUUCUUUGAUAAUACCCGUACAGCCACAUUAUUGCUUGCAAAUACAGUUGUCACGGAACCAGUUACAGUAGCGAAGAGUCCUUCCAUUCAACUUAAAUACCAAGUUGAAAAAGCUAUGGAAGUCUGGAAAAAAGCGUUAAAUGAAAGAAAUGCAGCAUUUGAUAAAGUUUAUGCCGAUGACCCAAUAGUAAAGCAUGUUGAAGCACUAACUAACAACGAAAUUGCAUUAUCAUUAUUGAACGUUCAACCUGAUAAAUUGCCCGGCCCAAAGUAUUCUGAAACCAAAUAUCCAAUCAAAAUUAAUCCGCGAUGCAUGCCUCUAGAAGAUUUCUGGCUUGAUCCUGAUAUGCCUGGCUUCAUUGGGCCACACGAUUUGUCGAAAUACGACGUCCCGGUUUUAGAUCCACAAAUUCGAUUAAGACGUUUUUUUAACCGAAUAAUGGAUCGUAAAUGGAAUGAUAUGAUAGAUGACCAUUGGGAAUAUAAGCUUGGAAAGAUCCAUAUGCGUAGUAAAGGCUAUUUCAUUACGAAUUUUUUUGGUUGA